GAGUCUGGCCAGUGCCUUCCCAGACGUGGAUCCGUAAACUACGUGAAAUCAAAGUAUUUGACGUGUUUCAGUGCGUCAUCGUGUUAAUUCAAUUUUAAUAUAUAACCAUACGUAUUUAAUUACUCCAUAUUUGAAACAAUUAAGUUAUUUGCAUAUUGAAUGCGAAUGAAAGAAAACAAUUCGUAUCAGGAAAAGAACAAGAGUACUUAUUUAAAAUCCUAUAAAUGCAUAAUACCGUUCUUUAAUUUUUUUUUCCAAGAUCGUUGAAGUUUAUCAGAAACAUUCCAAAAAUCGUUUGAAAAUGACUCAUGAAUUUACUAGAGCAGCAACACGUGUUUUUAAUUCAAACGUUUUAUUUUCAUUUCUUCGAUCAAUAGAAUUCCUCCUUCAAUCUUCCUACUCUUUCGAUCUUUUCAUCUGCAACUUGUGAAAGUAAAUAUUUUUCUUAGAAAAUAGAGAAAGUUGAGUCAAUUUCAAAAAAAAAAAAAAUAGAAAAGAAAAAAACCUACGUGUUUCCCCAUAAAUUAAAUCAUUCUCAAUGAACUGAGUUUGUAUUUUUGGAUAAAAGUAUUGGUCAGAUUUCUGGGUUAAGGAACAAACUAUUAUUAUUAUUAUUCGUUCCUUUCAUUUCUCACGAAUUCAAAUUCCUGGAAUUCUUGGGAAAGAUUACCCACUCCAAAUCUGAAGAAAGAUGAAGUCAUUAAUUUGUAUUUUAUGAACGUACUUUCCAAUCAUCAAUUGAAUCAAACGAAUAAUCGCGUUCGAAUGUGUUUGAAUUUAUUCAUUAACAUCCAAGACUUGUGAACAAGUGUGUGUGUCUGUACGUAUGUGUAUGCAUUCGGGUGUAGGCGUGGAUGUGUUAAAUUAUUAUUAUUAUUAUUAUUUAACGAAACGUGUAUAUAAAAAAAAUGAAGGAGGAUACUUGAUGGACAAGUAACUUGUCAGCUGAAGUGUUAAUAAUUAGUAGUCAAGUAUAAAAUUCAAUGAAAUAAAAUUUGUGCACGUUCAUUCGAAUAUCCAGUAACUCGUUUGAAAAGCAAACAUUACUUCUAAUCACGUUUAAAAAAUAUAUUUAAACCUUGACAAAGAUACUAAGAAUAAGUGAAAUAACUUGAAGAAUAAACAAAAGAUUUAACUACGUACGUUGAGUGAAAAAACACAGAAAAAAAAUAAUAAAUAUUUUUCAAGGAAAAAACAAUAGGUAUGCCAAUCAUUCGCAGACGACAAAUGGUUUUAACUUUUCAAUGUACGAAAUACGAAACUUGUAAAAUUUCUUGAAAUAUUUCUCAUAAAAAGUGACAAACAAAUUUGAUCAUUAGUGUUUAUUUAAUUGAAAGAAAAUCAAAUUAAAAAUUAAAAUGUAUCGAAGUAAUUGUUUAGUGAAGACAAAUUUAUGGAGAAUCAUGGAUAAUUCAUGUUCAUUAGUACCUUUUGUUUUAAAAUUUCUUUUAAUGUCAAGACUGAUUAUCGCCGAGGGUUCAAUACCCAUCAUUUAUUCUAUUCCACUGGAAAAUGCCACGUCAAUUUCGGAAGAGUACAGAACUUUGCCAUUGGUGGCAAAAUGUUGUCCGGUUAAUGAAAUAUUAAUUCGUGACGAAGAACAGAGUUCAAAAUGCGUUUCAUCGCACAAUUAUUCGUACGAGUCCAUAUUCUCGCCACUUUUUUGUGAUUUCAAUUCAUCCGGUAUUUUGAUACCUGGGGAUGAACAUGACCAUUUUGUUGCAAUCAUUGGAGAACCUUGUCAAUAUGACAGGUACUUAUUAUCCCCAGAAAACAAUGUGGAAGAUAAACAUUACCUUUUACUCAAUGGUACUAUUUUUUUACCUGAUUCUCUUCCUCGAAUGCUCACGCCUGGGGUCGAUUAUUGUAUGGAAGUAACACCAACGUUGGGUCUGAUAACAGUAGUCUGUUCUCGGAACGAAGAUAAAAUAUUGAUGGCGGACACUCGAAUUAUUUUUUAUGCCUGUGGACUUUUAAUAUCCGUACCAUUUUUAAUACUCACCAUAAUAGCUUAUUCAAUAACGCCUAAAUUAAGAGACAUUUAUGGAAAAAUACUUUGUCAUUAUUGCGGAUGUUUGGUAUUAGCUUUUACUGGUUUAGCAAUUACGCAACUUGGUGGUGUACAUUGGGAAGGUCAUACGUGUAUAGGAAUAGCCUUCGUUAUCCAAUUCUCGUUCGUGGCCUCUUAUUUCUGGUUGAACGUGAUGUGCAUCGAGACAUGGUUAUUGAUACGAAAUCACGUUCAUCAUGCAGCAUACAAAAAAAUCAAACCCAAUGUACUGUUCUUUUAUUACUCGAUAUGGGCUUGGGGUUCCGCUGGUAUUCUUAUUCUAUUAUCUAUAGUACUGGAUCUGAACCCAACGAUACCUAUGAUAUACGUAAAACCUAACUUCAAUAGCGAUAGUGAAAACUGUUGGUUUAAAUCGGAUACCCAAUCGAUGCCAUACUUUUACGUGCCAAUGGUGAUGCUCUUAUUAGUUAAUUUAACAUUUUUUAUUCUAACUGGAAUAACGAUAAGAAAGUAUCAAAAGGAUCUUGCAAUUAGACGAUUAGCAAGAAAUCAAGAAUCUGAUCGACAAGAUCAAAGGAUGUUUCGUAGUUUGAAAAGAACAUUUAUAGUUUGCAUAGUAUUAUUUUCUUUAAUGAGUUUAACUUUGACUAUGGAAUUGAUAUCCUGGUGGACUGGUGGUAAUCCGUUCGAUUGGUCAGUUUAUGAUUUGAUAAAUGCUCUGCAAGGUCUUCUUGUAUUUGGUCUUUUUGUAUUACGUAGACCAGCUCGAGAUUUGAUCUGGUACAGGAUACAAAAACUACGUGGUAUUGAUGCGGUCGAACCGCAAACUGACACCGCUGCUUUUAGUCUUCUUACUGUUAUCAAUUAAAAUUAGAAUUAGUUAAUAAUUAAUUUAUGAGAGAUUAUUUGGUAUUACAUAAUUGGUAACUCUAGGUUUGUAUCUAGUGCGUCUAUAUGUGAGCGCGUGUGUGUGUAUGUGCAUGUGUAUAUAUUGUGCAAGUUUUAUAUUAAAACGAUUA